CUCGCUGAUUGGAUGACAAGUGUGUGCGCGACAAAAGGUGUACGCAGCCUGGCUUCAGGAGCGGGAUUUUAUAUUAGCGUUUACUGCGCUGCUGCCUGGGAGCGAGUGACAAGGUUCCUGGAUGGACGCCUCUUACGUCGCCAGCGCCAGGAGGUUAAGGGGCAGCAGUCGUCGCUCCGUUGUGUCCGCCUCGUCCUACAGCGUUCAUAGCCAAGCUGAGCAGGGAAGCUUACAGGACGAAUCGGUGGUCAAAAACUUGGAAAGUGACUUAUUUGAGGCUUCUGCCACCAAAACACACGGCCUCGACUCCGUGCUGCAGCCAGAAACCGAGCAGCCUGGCCAAAACGGGACAGUCAAGACACAAGUGGUGACCUCUAAAAGAGGCAGGAGAUGGCCGGCCAGAUUGUUGUCCAUGGUCUGCAGUCUUGUGGUUGUCAGCAUCCUCUCCGUUCUUUUUGCCAUUUUAUAUAUGGUGGUACAAGGAUGGGGCUCCAUCGUGGAUUACCUCUUUAGUUGCACCCCCUGCGGGCUCGUACUUGAACUACCUACACCGGUCACCCAGUCCCCCAUUACUGCAUCAUGCCGGCAAUUCCACGUAAGUGUUGAGUUUGCCGAUAGGGUGACCCUGCGGUGCCUGAAGACGCCAGACGGUAAGUAUUCUCCCCUAUGUCCCUGUACCAAGUGGUCCCCCGGGUUAAACCUCCCUUUCUGGCCAAGGGAUGAGAUUGAUUUUAUUUGUGGGGCCUGGUUAGGUCCCUCCUUUCCCCUUUUUCUUCCCUCCCUUGGGUAUCCUUCACCUCCUUGGCCACCCAUGCCUCUCCCGGCCUUUCCCUCUACUUUAUUCCCCGGCUUCUGCUGGGACUAGGCCACAUCUUCCUGGUGCUCCUUUUGCCCCGUUUUUACCCUUCCUGAGCGUCGCUCCUCCUCAGGGGCCCCCCUCACCUGUUUUUUUUCAUUCCGGAGGGCCCCAGGUCUCCCGUGGUUCUGGUCCGCACCUUUUCCGGCCACCUCUUUAAUCGAGGCCCCAGCUUCUUUCUCGCCUAGGCCGCGUCUUCUCCCGGCCCCCCUUUCCCACCUGACAGGUAAGUCAGCUUGCUGCCUCUCUAGUACGUACCUUGACAGGGGAUACUUGUACCACUGCCAAAUGCUGUAUCCAGCAGACUUUCCUCGUUCUAAGGUAUCUCCUUUUCAGCUGGAGUAAUUUCUCUAUUCCAGGGGCUAUAUUGAACACAGUCGGAGAGUGUUCCAGGCCACCGUAUUACUUCUCCAGACGCUGUAGCCAGUACACCAGCCUGGGGCUAGCGUGCACCACGCAACAUAUUAAUGGGGGAGCCCUGGUUUAUCAUAUUACUCCUUUAUUAGGUGAAGUACCUGUAUCAUCUCCAGAGGCUGUAGCCAUUACACCUGUUUGGUUCUAGUCUGCACCACAGGCGAAGUAUACAUGCCAUGUUCAGUCGCUGUAGCCAUGGCACCUGUCUGGCUCUAGCGUGCACCAUGCAGCCACCUUGCUUCCUUCUUCAGUGGAUUACCUGUACCAUCUGCAGAUGCUGUAGCCUUUGCACCUGUCUGGUUUUUAGUCUGCAUUACACAGCCGUUUUUCUCGCCAUUACACCUGUCUGGUUCUAGUGUGCAUCAUGCAGUCAUUCUACUCCUUUAUCAAGCACAGUACCUAUGCCAUUUCCAGAUGCUGUAGCUAUGUCUCCACACUCAUUAUCGUGUGCACCAUGCAAUCAGAUUACUCCCAUUCAGGCGGAGUAUUUAUAGUUUCUCCAAGUGCUGUGGCCUGUUGGUACAAUCUGUGGCCCAUAUGACUCCUGCAUUACUGGGUGUAUUCUCCUGGCUCUAAUGUGUGCUAGGCAAUCAUGGGGCCCCUCUUCAUGCUGAGUGAUGGUACCAUCCCCAGAUGCUGUAUUCAUCACCCUUUUCUGGUUUUAGUAUGCAUCUGGCACCUCAUUACCGUCGUGUUCGGCGGUGUACUUGUACUAUCUCAAGGCGCUGUAUCCGACAAACCAUCAUGGUUGGAGUAUGUACCUGGCAACCAUAUGUUCUCCCCCUUUUUGGGCGGAGUAGAAUUGCAAUUUUUAGAUCCAGUAUAUGGCUGGCCCAUUCAGAUCUGACACCCGGUGCAGUACCUCCAAGUCUUCUCAUUGCCCCUGUACUAGGCAUGAUUUUUCUUUAUUGCUUGAGGGCCGGUCCACAGGGUCUUUUAGCUUGUUUCCAGGAAGUUUUUCUCCUUUGGUUAAGGACUGCUCCAUCCUUUUUUUCCAGGCAUUUUUCCUCCUGCCAGGUACCCUCAUAGUCUAAUUUUCUUGUUGGGUCUGUCCUCUUAGGCCUCUUUCACACGGGCGUCAUGUUUU